GCUUCUCUGCUUGUUUUAAAGAAAGUCGUUCUCAUUCAUUCUUCAGAUUUUGGGGGUACUUGAUUCGGUUCGUAUCGAAAUGUCCACCCUCAUCCUGCAUGGCCUCCUCUCAGUCUCCAAAGAGACGUCCAUGAAAGGAGGAGAGAAGAGGGGGUCCCAAAAGUACCUUAUCAAAACAAGUUCUUACACAUACGAAAAGAAAAAACAGUGCCUAACGCGAACCAGUCGCCGCGUCCAUUUCCUGCUCUCAUUCUUUCUCGAACUUACACUGGAGAUAUUUGAAGGCGUCGGAGAAAGAUGGGGAAGCUGACGAUCAAUCAAUAAGGUGGGUGGUAAACACAUCUCGGACACGUCGGGCACGUCGGGCAACGGGCGGACCGCUGAUGAUGAGGAGGAGGCCUGCCCACCCACAUAUUUUCCAAGGUUUCUCGUCUGUGUGUGCUGUACCCCAGACCGUUCCAUUCCACCCAACGCCCCACAGGACUCUUUUCGAAUGGCGCCGGGCGGCGGGCAAGCCAAGUCGGCCAGCCCGCCCGGCCGCCCUCAAAUUGAUGGGUGACCUGGGAAUGGUGAUGCCCUCUUCUCUCCGUCUCGCUUAUCACCAGCCCCCCGCUUGCUCGCCGACCCAUCAUCAUCAUCAUCAUCACUCACCCUCGCUUCGUCACCAUGUCUCGGCCUGGUGCUGCCUCCUCCGUCCCGCCGUUGCUGACCACACAAUAAUAACAAUAACAACAAUGACAAUAAUAGACAUGCAGCAAUAUCUCCACGCUCUCUCCCCAACACCACCAAAACUUUGCUCACCACACACGAACAACGACACGCGCACCACUCCAGAGGCAGGCCGAAGAUCGCAUCGACCCCAAACCGCCUUAAACCCAACUAAAAAUCCACGGGGAACCCUUAGUCGCAAAGAUCUGGAGAGAUCCCGACUCCCUUGCCAUCAUCAGUCUUCCCUCUUCCUGGAGACUUUCUCGCCUCUCUAUUCGACUCCUCUAUCGGCGCACGUGCUGGGCGGCACAAGACGACAGUAUUUCUCCGGAGACACACAGCACGCACUUCCGUUUCACACAAUCCUGCCAUCACCUCCCAACACUCGUCUGGUGGACGGGUUUCUGUUUUGGAUUCGUACACACCCGCCACGCGCGACCAGGCGCAUCAUCCCCGAAGAUCAACAAAAAACAUAGUGUUCGCCGGACUUUCCUGACCACAUCUUCUUCGGAUUUACCACAUUCCGGGGAGCGCUUGAACUCGUCUCCUUCUUUUUCACUUUUGGAUUUUCUUCUUCUCUAGCAUUUGCGACUAUCUUUUCCCUCGGGGACUCUUCCAAUAUUUCGCCAG